AGAUGCUCUCGGAGGUGUUCAACAACGCGUUGGCGUCGCUCUCGCCGGAGGGCCCCGCGGUGCUCGGGGUGAACAUGUCCCCGGAUAACAAGUUCGCGUUCGUGGAGCUCCGCACGAUCGCGCUGAGCGACGCGGCGCAGCACCUGGACGGCAUCGAGCUGUGCGGGCGGAAUAUGAAGGUGGGACGGCCGAAAGGGUGGGUGGAUCCGUCGGCGGAGGCCAAGGCGACGGCGGCGGCGGCGGAGGCGCCGACGGUCGCCUCCGGCGUGAAGGCGACGACGUCCGCCGCCGCCGCCGCCGCCGCCGCGCCGGCGGCGGAUACCGUCGGACAAGGGCUUUUUCCGACACCGAACGACGACGCGGACGACCCCGCCAUGCAAAACGCGCGCGCGACGAUGCACAUGCGCGCGACGAGCGAACGCGACGCCACGAUGGCCAUCGCGGAGGUGAACACGCGGUUCCCCCCGACGCCGCUCGGCGUUCCCGCGCAGACGCUCACUCGGCGGUGCGUCCUCCUCGACGGCAUGGUCUCCAGCGGCGAGCUCUCGAGCCCGCGAUCGCGCGAGGAGUUUAAAGAGGAUCUCCGAGAGGAGUGCGCAAAGUGCGGCAUCAUCGACGCGAUGGUCGUGCCGCCGCCGCCGCGGGAAGCGAUAGACGCGGGCGAUCCCGGACGCGCGUACGUGUCGUUUCAGGCGGAGUGCAGCGCGCGCGCGGCGAAGGACAUGCUCAACGGACGGGUCUUCGACGGCCGCGUCGUCGCCGCGUCGCUCGCGUCCGACGCGGAGUUCGAGCGCGCGAGGAACGGCGAGUGGCUCCCGCCGCGGCCGCCGCCGGGCGAUCCGUCUCUGUGCGGCAUCCUUCGCGUGCGCGGGAUGCCGCCCGAGGCGACCAAGGCGGACGUCGUGAACUUCUUCUACGGGAUGGGCGCGGAAGAGGACAAGGUGAAGAUCAUCAUCGCGCCCGGGAUGGCGAACCUCGCGGGCAGCCAUCCCGGGGCGAUGUCCACGGGCGAGGCGUUCGUGGAGUUUAGCGGCGACGACGCGAACAUUCAGCAGGCGGCGCUGAAGGACCGCGCGGUGCUGGGGGGGAAGCCGGUGUCCGUGUUUCGGUCGUCGUUGGAGGAGGUGCAGAGAGUCGCGCUCAUGGGUCGGACGAUGAUUUGA